AUGGACCCAAUCAAGUUCGUCUUCAAAAAGCCCGUAGUAACAGGACGGGUUGCGCGGUGGCAAAUGUUGUUGACUGAAUAUGAUAUCACCUAUAUGACUCGAAAAGCUAUUAAAGGAAGCAUCAUUGUUAAGUAUCUGGCAGAUAAAUCUAUGGACGAUUACCAGCCUAUGGAGUUUGACUUCCCAAAUAAGGAUAUUGAUUCGAUAAGCCAAGAAGAAGAAGAUUACGAAGGAUGGACGAUGUUAUUUGAUGGGGUGGUCAAUAUGUGGGGACAUGGAAUAGCACCCAUACUCAUAUCACCAGAAAGAAGACAUUAUCCGAUUGUAGCCAAGCUGACUUUUCCUUGCACCAAUAACAUAGCGAAAUACGAAGCAUGUAUAUUGGGUUUACAAGCUGCCAUAGACCGAGAUAUCAAAGAAUUAGUCGUGAAGGGAGACUCAGCCUUGGUCGUUCAUCAAGUGACAGGAGAAUGGGAAACCUGGAUUCCAAAUUAG